UAAUUCGACCUCUUUUGAUGAGAGUAACACUCUUUAGGGUAAUUUGAGUGAUAUCAAAUUUGGCGCUGUUGCCGGGGAGCUUUGAUCGCCAUUAGAUCUUGUUUAGUUAGAUUUAGUCUAGGUUUUGUUACAGUUCGAAAAACUCAUAAAAUUUUUUCUUUUAUUUCAGGUACAUACAAAUCAGUACCAGAUCAAUGAAGAGAGGAUUUCUAGGUCCUUCAAGGAAAAAGCCUGCUGGUCAAUGCACGAUCCGUAAAUCUAAGGAGGAAGUAUCGAUCGACACCCUCCAAGCAGCAUCGAUCGAUAGCGUUAGCCAAGCAUCGAACGACACUAUUCAUCAUGUGUCGGAAAACACUAUUCAUCGCGGUACUAUUCAUCCGGGUACUGUUCAUCAUGUUACUGUUCAUCCGGGUACUGUUCACCGCAAUACUAUUCACCGAGGUACUAUUAAUACAGGUACUGUUCAUCCAGGUACUGUUCAUCAUAAUAUUAUUCAUCCUAGUACUGUUCAUCGUGGUACUAUUCAUCGCGACACUAUUUACCUCCCGCCGAUCGACACUGUUCAUCCUGCGUCGAUCGACACUGUUCAUCCCGUGUCGGUCGACACUAUUCAUGUCCUGUCUAUCGACACUGUUCAUCCCGUGUCCGUCGAUACUAUUCAUCUUCUGUCGAUCGACACUGUUCAUCCCGUGUCCGUCGAUACUAUUCAUCUUCUGUCGAUCGACACUGUUCACCCGAACACUGUUCAUCCGAACACUGUUCAUCGCGAUACUGUUCAUCCGAACACUGUUCAUCCAAACACUAUUCAUCGAAACACUAUUCAUCGCGGCACUGUUCCUCCAAUGACGAACACCACUUACGGAGAGACAGAGAAGGUCGAAGCGCACAUACUUAAGAUCGACAAAAAAGGUAUUUGGCGAGACGAAGAAGGUCGCCCUUGUAGCCUCACAGGACAAUUGAUUAAUGCAGAGGGUAGUGUAAUCCCGGAUAUAAUUGAUGUGGCUGAGACGAAUACCUUUAAUCUGACAAGUCAAUGGUAUGAUUGGGAAAGUGAAGAUCCAUUUUAUGGUCUUCCUCAUGAGGAUCCCAAAGAUCUUAUCAAGAGACUUGAGGAGUUAGCCUCAGCAAACAAGCACGAUGAAAUAUCUGCAGACCACAUUAUCUGCAAGAUCUUCCCCUAUUGUUUAUCUAGAGAUGCUUUUAGCUGGUUCUCUAACCUGCAACCAACAUCUCUAACCUGCAGGGAAGACAUCAAAGAAGCCUUCAUAGGCAAACUUUUCAGCGAGGCUGUAGCAACUCGAAGUAAAAGGCUUGAUUACAUGAUUAAAAAUCGGGAGAAAGGAAUAAUGAUUAGUAUGAGUCAGAUUCUUGACUUCGUCUACAGCGAGGAGAAUGGAGAUAUUGGAACACCGACAACUCAUGUCAAGCAGCCAAACAUUCAGGUUCACCAUGCAGAUGAGAGUAAGCAGAAGGACAAACUGAACAGAGAAAAGCUGGUCAACCAUGAUACAGUUGAGGAUGAUGAAUAUCAUGUAUCAGGAGAGCAGAGCAAAGUAGAAGAAGCUGAUACAAAAGACCCAACUUCAGCAUCGAUCGACAGUAGUAACUCAGAAUCGAACGAUAUCCGCACUUCAGAAACGAUCGAUACAAAUAUUUGUCAUCGAUCGAUACCUUCUACAAUCCCUGAUGCUACCACUAUGUAUGUUAGGACUGGAUGACCGAAGGCAAUUAGUGACUAUAACAGUCCUGAGGACGCCUAUGCUAAAAGGUCUGCAUCGCGUCGUUCAGCACUUCAGAAUACUGUCCUUGAGCUGCACCCUGCAUAUAUCUCUCUUGUGGGUCAGCAUUCUUUCCAUGGUUUUCCUCAUGAAGAUCCCACUAGCCACCUGGAGACAUUUGUAGAUCUAGCCUCGACCACACAUUUGUAGAAAGUGUCGAUCGACGAUUCGAUUGGAAUGACGAUCGAUACACCUUUUAGCCGUCGAUCGAUACAACUACCGAGUUGUCGAUCGACAAUCCUUCCAGCGAGCUUUACCAAGCGGGUUUGAACUAUAUUCACUAGGUUCCUAGAUCAACUCUCGUCUUUCUCUAGGGAUCCUAGCACAAUAUGAAUGAUUCAGGAGAUAAACCAUGCUCUCGCGUGCACCUAUUCAUCCUAACAUCAUGGUUCUAGUUCGCGACUCUAAAACACAAGAAAUAAGUGCAAUUCAAUUGAUGGACAUCCUAACAACUUAGCAAUCUAUAUUUGGGGCUAAUCCCUCAUCCUAUCUGAACCCUAAACCUAACAGGUGGAUCUAUUCAGACAUGAAGUUGUCAGAGAAAAUCAUAGAAAAAAUAGAUAUAAAAAGCAAAAAUAUAUUAAAACCAAAGAGAAUAGAGUUCUAGGAGGACUCUGAAGGAGUUCCUCAUUUCACUCCUAACUAAGAACAAUGAAUUAAAAUAAAGCUUAGAUAGUGUAGCCGUCAACAAUGGCUUAUAAAUAACAUAAAUAAGAUUUCUGGUCGUCCAAGGGUAUUCUGGUAAUUUGGAGUUGCUUCUGGGCUUCAGCGGUCAUAAAAUAUGCUCAGCCCAUAUUCUAGCAUCACUGUCGACCGACACCAUUGCUGCAACAUCGAUCGACAGUCCUUAUUUAGGUCGGCGCUGACUGCAUGUUCUGAGACCGCGAGAUACCAUAGCAAGACCUCGCCAAGCAAGGGUUUAGAUAAGAGGGGAGGAGUGGUGAGGUAGGCCUUGAGCUCGUGGAGUGCCGACUCACAUUUCUCGGUCCACUUGAAAUCCUUUGGAUUCUUUAGGGUUUCAAAGAAGGCAUAGGAUUUGUCGGAGAGUCUGGAUAUGAAUCUACUCAAAGCCGCCAUCCUACCGGUCAUCUUCUGGACUUCUUUGACGCUUCUUGGAGAGGGAAUUGAGUGGAUGGCCUUGAUCUGCUCUGGAUUGGCUUCGAUGCCCCGGUGGGUCACGAUAUACCCUAGAAAUUUUCCGGAACUCACGCCGAGUGAGCAUUUGGCUGGGUUGAGCUUCAUGUUGUAUCUUCGGAGGGUAGAGAAGGCUUGUUGCAAGUGUGAUAUACGAUCCUCUGCUUACAGGGAUUUUACCAGCAUAUCGUUGAUAUAGACAUCCAUAGUUUGCCCUAUCUAAUCUGCGAACAUCAUAUUUACCAGCCUCUGGUACGUCGAUCCGGCGUUCUUCAGACCAAAGGGCAUGACCUUGUAGUAAUAGAUCCCUCGGGACGUCAUGAAGGAAGUCUUCUCUUGAUCCUCGGGAUGCAUGAGUAUUUGGUUAUAGCCAGAGAAGGCAUCCAUGAAGCUCAUUAGUUGGUGUUUGGCGGUGGCAUCGCCAAGCUUAUCGAUGUAAGGCAGAGGGAAGGGGUCCUUUGGACAAGACUUGUUGAGAUCCGUGAAAUCAAUGCAGACUCACCAUUUUUCAGUCUUUUUCCUAGAUACUGCACUUCUCGAAUGAACCCCACUUUCGACAAAUUUUUUAUUUCUUCGUUGAUUAUAGUGUCUCUUUCCGGAGCAAACUUCCUUCGCUUCUGCCUUAUAGGUUGGUGCAAGGGAUCUACUUGCAGCUGGUGCAUAAUGAUCUUUGGGUCGAUUCCGGGCGUGUCCAAGUGGGACCACGCGAAGCAAUCGGAGUUUGAUCUAAGGAAGUCUAUCAUCCUUCUUCUCAGCCCCUCUGAGAGUUUGGAGUUGAUUUUGAGGUUACGGGUCGAGUUUCCUUCGAUCAAUGGCACGACAUCCAUAUUUUCGAUCUCGGGUUCUUCCGUAUGCGGAGCCCGAGGUUUGCUUUGCGAGGAUGGAGCUACCUCAACCCGUUUCCUUAGAGCGACCGGGUAGCAGUGGCGAGCGGUUUCUUGAUCUCCUUUAAUCGCUCUAAUGCCCCAGGGUGUGGGGGAUUUUAUUAUCUGAUGGAGAGUUGAGGGGACCUCCCCCAUGUUGUGAAUCCAUGCUCGGCCCAAGAUCCCGUUGUAGGAAGAGUGGCAGUUAACGACCAGGAACUUGGUGUGUAAGCUGACUCCUUCGGCGUAGGUAGGAAGGAUGGUUUCCCCCAUUGUUUGUCUGAUUUCUCCGCUGAACCUGAUGAGGGGGGUCGCUUUGCGUAUCAGCGCAUUUUCCUCCAGCCCUAGACCUUGAUAUGCGGCCUGGAAGAUGAUGUUACAAGAGCUAUGACUGUCCACCAGCAUCCUCUUGACCAGACAGUUCACUAUAGUAAGCGAGAUGACGAGGGCGUCGUGAUGCAGAGCCAAGACCUUCUCUCGUUCUUCAGAAGUGAAGACUAUCUUGUCAGCCCCAGGGUGUUCCGACUCGGUGGUUUCGGGAUCGUCCCCUACACCGUUGGUAUUUCUCUUGACGGUGGGGUAGCUUAUGUCACCUGCCUCCAGUCCCCCGGAUAUGAUGUGGAUCUGAUGUAAUUUAGUUUUCUGGCUUCACAAGUCGCCGGGUAGCCUAUGGGGCUUGGCUUUUCUUCGGAUAGCUCGUUACGCUCAUCCAUCGCCAUCAUCACGUAGUUAGAUUACUCCUCUCCUUCUAGCGCCAAACUGUUAGGGGAUUUUUGUGUAGGCUCUUUCGGAGUACCACGGAAUGAUGGAUAAGCUGUUAGUGUGUGUGGGUUUGGAAGUGUUUUGUGGCGAUUUGAGGUUAAUAAUAAAGAGAAAGACUUGAAGAGACCUUUUAUUGAAUAAUACCAAAAAUAGAAAAGUAAAACUAGAAACUACAAACUAGAGACUUUAAAAAAAAUGCCAAAAACAGAAAAGUAAAACUUUGAAGCUUUUAGUAAAACCACAAACUUGGAAAAAUUUCGACCUCAAAAUUGCUGUAAAAGAAAUUUCCGCCAAAAGUUCAGAAAUUUUCCUCCCAAUUUUUUAUUUUUUCCAGACUCCAAAAACGAAGUUGGCAACUAUAAUUGCUUUAAUUUUUAGGGUUUUCUUAUUCUACUAUCUUCUCAAUCCUCUCAACCCAUUUUUUUUCAUCUCAUUUCUCUUUUUUUUCAUUUCUUCACCUCGUCUGCAAUUUUCAAGUUUUUUUUCCAGAAAAUAGUGGUCAAUCAAGAGUCAAAACUCUGAAACUACCUAUUAAGUGUUGAUGCAGCGGCAAGAGUAUCAUGGAGAAAUUCUCUAAAUCGGAUCCAAAUCCUUAUUUCCAAUAUUAUUGAUGUCUCUGUGUGGUUUCUCAAUCGACCAUGCGGAUUAAGGACCCAAUAAUGGAAGAAAAAUAUUGAUAGUUGUAUGUUUUCUUAUUCCUACUAUCAUGGUACUUCUGAGAUUUUCGUUGUACAAUUAAUCAUAACUUCUAUCAAAUUAGUUCAGUGACGACGAUGUUUUUUAAGUUUUUGAAAUUUUACAAAUGAAAAAAAAAUUCUGACAAAGUUUACUGAAUUGUACAAACAGAAAAAUACUAAGUUAUACAAAGUUUGACGUACGAAAAUGGAAAACUUUGGCAUUUUUUACCUAAUUACACAAACAUGAAAAAAAAAGUAAUACUAAAUUUUACGAAGUUUGACAAACAAAAAUGAGAUACUUAACCAAAGUUAUCCUAAGUUACACCAAGUUCUACAAACAUAAAUAACAAACCAAGUAACAUAAAGACAAACAACAAAGUUAGUGUGUUAAAAGAAGAAGUUCUACUUCUUAAGGUAAAUAUGAAGAUUGAGAAACCCUAUAGUACAAGGAAAAUAAUGAUAGUUCUAUGUUGUCUUAUUUCUAGUAGUUAUAAGAAUUUGGAUGUAUAACUAAUCAAAAUUGGUAUCACCUUAAUGGAAUGCAAAGAUUUUUCCAAGUUUAAUUAAAUUUACACAAACACUAAAACAAAGUAAUAAUAAGUUUGACAAACAGAAAUAUGAAACUUUGACAAACUUUUACCGAGUUAAACAAACACAAAACAAAGUAAUCUCUAGAUCUACAAAGUGACAAACAAAAAUGGAAAACUCACAAAGUCUUACCGAGUUACACAAAUAUAUAUAACAAAAUUUUGACCGAGGUGCCAAGUUACAAGAAUUUGUAUUGGUUGACAAUGAUUGGUUUUUUUCUUUGUCACUUGUAUUGGUUGCUAAUGGUUGAUUUGUUCUUCAUUUCUUCUUUCUCGCUUUGCUCAUCCCCCCGAUAUUUUUUUCAUAUUACUUCUACUGUCCUUCUCUCCUACACCAUUAUCCACACUCUUUUUUAUCUCUCCACUACCUAAACCACCAUCCUUCUCACUUUGUUCCAUGUCUCUACUAUCAGAGGUCGGCUAGUUUCAUUUUUGUUCUUUGAAAACAGCACUUCAUAGAAAAACGUAACUAUCAAAUUAAGUCAUCAUCAUAAAAUUCACAAAAUAUUACUAAGUUAUACAAUCUAAACUAUUUAAUUUUUUAUUAAGUUGUACAAAUUUUUUUAGUUAUAUCAAGUUUUACUAAGUUAUACCAUUUUGGAUUUGUUUUUUCUUCUCUUUCGAUGGAUAAAUUGUGAUUUGUUAUUUCGUAAUUUUUUUCUGGAGAAAAUUUCGAGUUGUCUUUCAUUUGAAGAUUAUAUUUUCUCAUGUGAUAAAAAGGAUUAAAUAAAAUAAGUUUGAUUUGUUUCAGUGAAAAAAUAGAAAGAAUGAGUAAAACUUGAAAAUACUAAGUUGAUGUCUAGAUUUUUAUGUAUGGAUCCAAGUUUAACGGGUGUGUAUGGUUCGGGUUUGAAUAGUCCGCCUGGCAAAUUUGUAAAUAAUUAGAUUUCGUCUGGUUGGUAGGUCUUUUAAUAAUUUUCGUAAUUUAAAUCAAUAUUAAAUUAAAAAAGGAAAAAAGGGAGGAGUGUCUGAGAAUUUUUUUUCAUCCAGGAGUACUGAAGCAAUUGAUUCAGAUUAAAUUGAGAAGCAACGGCAACCUUUGCUUUUGGAAAGAAAAUGAACUAGGAUUUGAUAAAAGACUGAAACUGUAAUUUUAGGUUUCUUUCAGACUAAAUUCCACGUAUUAUAACAAAAAAACAGAAAAAGUUGAAUCCUAAGCUAUAUAUAGUUCAUAUUAUAUACAACAUCUUCUUCAUUUUUAGUUAUUUUUCUUUAUUAGUUUUAAUUUUCUUACACAUAAAGAAUUUGCAUAAGAAAUUUAAAACCGUUAUUUGAAAAUGGCAUAAAAUCAAGAUCUAUACUAUUAAAAAUAAAUGAUUCUUAAAAAAUCUACCAUUUCAGUAGACUUAAAUAUUUUUGAGUCAAUUGCACAGAAAAUAGUAGAUAACUAGAAAAUUUGCAAUGAUAGAAAAAUGCAAAAGUUGAAGAGAGAGAAAGAUGUAAAAUGACACUGUUACCCUAUAGAAAAAGAAAAGAAUAAUUCAUAGUCUAUAAAUUAGUUUAUCCGGCUAAUAAACAUAUGUUUUGAUAUUUAUUUUCCUUGAUUUUAUUUUGGGUUAACUAUAAUUCAUAUAGUUGAUAUGUAAAUAAACACAGUUAAAAUAUGAAUUAUUUCAUAUGCUUCGUAAAUUAGCAUGGUUAUAUUUCAAUUUAUCCGGACAUUAUACAUAUUACAUGGUUAUUAUGGUAGUUGUCGGCUAACUUAAAUAAUUAUCCGUACAAUAUUAUUGUUAGUUGGAUUUUUUGAACCGUAGCCGAUUAUCAUUAUAGAGUCAAACUCUAAUAAGUUACGUAGUGUAUAUCAAUUAUCCGGAUAGCAUCAUUAUUAGCUGGAUUUUCCGACUAAUGGUCGGCUAAAAAAAGAGUUUACGAGGAUUACGGUCAAAGGAGGAAUGCAAAGUGACAUAAAACAUAUGCAAUCAUCAUUGACAGUAUCCACCAUGCAAUCACUCAUCAUCAUGUGAUUCUAAUUACAUAAGAAGACGAAGAAGAAAAUAUAAAACUUUUGACACAAAGGACAAGAUCAGAGUGCAAAAAACAAAAUUAAAAAAAUUCAUAAAAAUCAAAACUUUGUCAAAAAACAAAAAUUUUAGAAAAACCCUCAAAUCUCAUAGCUAUUAAAUCUGAUCAUUCACGGCUUGAUUCUGUUGUUGUAGUGAGAGAAAGCAGUGUGGCCAUGGUUUCUGAUGGAGGAGAAUUGAGAGUAUGUGAAGCUGACGGAGCUGUUGGCGACGUGACGUUUGUGAUGGAGAUCUCGAGAUCUCUUAGUCGGAAACGGUGUAGUAAACGUAAUCACGAACGUGAUCAGGGACAAUGAAAAGUUACAGAGAAAACAAAGAGUUUCUAUAGAGAAAACAAAUAGAUUGAGAGAAGAUAAGAGAUGGUUCCGCAGAGAAAACAAAGAAAUUGAGAGGAGAGAUGUGAGAGAUUAUUCUGACGGAGAAAACAAAGAAAUUUAGAAGAGAGAUGUGAGAGUUGAUUCUGACGGAGAAAACAAAGAAGUUGAGAGAGAUGAGAGAUAAUAAGGGCAGAAUUGACAAUAAGAAAAACCACAUCAGCGAGAAAGUUCAAAAUCCAUCCGUGCAAAAUAAGGGAUUUUGUUUGUAUAUGCACUGCAAAUACUCAAUAUUUUUUGGGUCUUACUUUAUAUUUUUAUAACUAUAUAAGGACUUUACAUAAUAUAAAUGAACUCAUUUAUUAUUCUUCCAUAAUAUAUCAUAAUUACUCUAACAAUAAAUCUCCAUGAAUAUAGGACAAAUUAUUCAAACAUGUUUACACAUGACGUGAUUAUUACCACAUAUAGUUCCACUAAUAGUAUAAAAUUUUCAAUGGUUUAGUUAUGUUUAAUAUAUAAGUUGUAAUGGAGAAUCUUCUAGUGUAUUAACAAUUUUUUUCCAUUUUUAUGUGGAUUGGAAACUAAAAGCCUUAAUGUGAACUAUUCAACUAUAAAACAUUAAUUUAAUUUAUUACAUGCAAUAAUUUAUUAAGAUUUGAUUUUAAAUUCUUAUAUGUGAACUAAAUGAUUAAUUUUAUCAUAAAAAUAUUAAAUGAGUCUAAACGGGUUGGACAUUUAAAUGAAAUUAGUAAAAAAUAUAUACUGGUUUAAAUAAAACAUGUUUAUUUACUUUACAAAUUCUAACAAUGCAUAUGAUACAUUUUAUUAAAUUUCAACAAAUGUAAAAUAUCCUAAGCUUUAAAUCGGGUAUUUUAGGUUGUUUGAAAAAAAAUAUAGUAUAAAUAAUUAACUAUUAAUUAUUUGAAUAAAAAAUAUUCGAGUCAUUAAUUUUUUCUGCAUAAUUUGGUUUAUAAAUACUAUUUAUAGGAUAUUUGGUUAUUUAGAAAUUAAAUAUAAUUAAUAUUUUUACGUAUACAAUUUAUAUUUUAAAAAUUUAGGCAUUCAUUUGGUUCUCAGUCCGUUUCUACUUUUUGGUUCCAAAAAUAUAGGAUAUGCUCGGUUCUUUAUAAAAUUCAGCUUAAUUUUGGUUUAUCAGUUUGGUACAAUUAAGUUCAUUUGGGUAAAUUUACCCAAACCAAUACAUCAUCUUAUAUAUAAUUUAUAUAAAUUUUUUAUUUAAUUUCAAAAAUAAAUCCGUGCUUUUUAAGCGCUGUCAAAAUCUAGUUAUUAUAAUUAAUUUUCUAUGUAAAACAUAGUUUUUAUUCUCUAUCUAUUUUAUUUGAUAUUCUCUCAUUAUUCUAUUUUGUAAAAUAAGAAAAUUGUAGGGAAAAUUUUAAUUAUACACUUUAUUUGAUACCACUAUUCAACUUUACCACCAACCAAAGUGGAUUUUCAUAAAUACCACAUUUAUUAAUGUGUAAAAGACUAAAUUACCAUAACCUAAUCUUCUUCUCCAUCGCGUUUUUUCUUUCUCUCUGUCGAGACCCAUUGCCCCUCUCCGGUCUCUUUCCGUCGAGAUCCAUCUCUCUCCGUCGAGAUCCGUCGUCCCUCUCCGUUGAGAUCAGUUGUCCUUCUCCAUCGAGUUCAUCGUCAAAACCUCUGGCAUCAGAUCAUCUUUGAUCACUUCACAGUCUUCAGAAGAUAUGAAGAAAGAGAUUGCUUCACUUGAGUUUGAGAUUCUGCGUAUAGAACAGUAUCUUCUCUCUCUUUACAUGACAUCUUCUGAUGAACAAGUUACUUCAUUCUUUCCACACACUGAAACAAGCUUAGUCUCACAAUCAGACCUUACUGGUGUGCUCAGCUACCAUUAUCAAGCAUCUCCUGUGUCUGAAUGUUCCUCUUCAUGUCCUUGGAGUUUCCAAGCCAGCUUAAAAGCCUUUUCUACAAAAGAGAAUACAAGAUAUGUUUAUGGUCAUCACACUACCCUUGGAGAUCUUCUAGGCUCAUCUCACAUCGUAGAUGACAUGGAAAACCCGAGUAGGUUCUCUGAAUAAAUCUUGAGAUGCAUAUCUUCAAUGUAUGUCACACUCUCCGGCAGAGCAAGAACCAGUUCUUAUCUUCAGGCUUCAGCUUCAUCCAAAACCAGAUUUGAUAGAUGGAACCCAUGCCUUGGGGAUAGCAAAGAAGCAAACGCUCCACGUGAUGUUGUAAUAGAGUCCCUGAAACUUCACCUGGAUGAUAGUUGUUUCAAUAUUUAUGAACUCUUAUAAAUAAUUUAUAAGUCUUUAAUUUUUAUAGCUAAUUUUUAAAUCUUUAUAAAAUAAGUUAUAAACUCUUAGAAAUUGGUUUAUAAAUCAUUUAAUUGUUUCUUUUAAAUUUAAAUUA